AUGCCCGCAACAAUGCGUCGUGGAAGCGGUGCGUCCGCCUUUCUCAACAGUCUUGCCGCUGCGCUGGCCGUGGUUCUGCUAGCGGGCGCCAUUAAGCUCAAGACACAGCUUGUCGUGGUAUCGCAACCGAACGAUGGCUUCACAACGCUAGACAUCAAUCCGUCCAUGUGGAAUGUCGGUGUUACCAUUGUAGGCAGUGUUGUUGGAUUGCUAGCAAGCGUCGCCUUUUCCGCCCAGGAUGCCUAUCUUACACGAAUGCGACUCGCUUCUACGCGCGGCAUGUCGGCAAUCUUUCUCCGCCCGUUAACGGCUAUGCGUGGCCUACAGCAAGUUGCACGGGGCGAGAUCAACGCGGAGAGGGCGUUGCUUGUGCUGCUCAUGCUGGGAACGGCAUUGUCUUCUGCGGUUACGGUGGCCUUAUUCUCCGUCCAAGACGACGUCGUCAGCGUCACCAAUACUCACCCUUCAUUUCCUCUGGCUAGCCUGGGGAUCGGUAGCAACUUUUUCCAGAUCACUCCAGACGGGGCGGUGUUCCCCAUUGUCGUACCUCUUCUCGGGUCAGGAAGAGAUAUCAACGUCAUCCCCUUCGUCGAAUCUUUUGUUUAUCGCAGCGCCUUUAUCCAAGGUCAGGCCGCUAGGUUAGGCCAUAUUCUGAAACAGCCGCUGAAUGACGAAGGAUUUCUACCCGUCCAGGGACUGCUUGGGUAUACGACGUACGGUGAUCUUUGGACUGCUGGCGUGGGCAUCAACGCCGCUAGUUACGCGACAUUCCCUGGUUUCAGCUCUAUCCUGCCGCUACCUGUUAAUUACACGCUCAGCAGCCUCAGCGGCCAAGUGUAUGGCGCUACCGUCAAUGUAACUUGUGAGAAUCGCACAUCGUCAUAUGACAUUAGCACAAGCAGACCGAUAAUUUCCGGUGUUAUUGUGACUGCCUCGAGAUUCGGGGAGGAAAAUGGAAGCUUCAGAAACAACAUCACCAUGUAUAUCGACCGAACACAGCAGGACCUGCUGCCAAUUUCCUUCAACCUAAGCACAUCGGCUUCUGCCCAACCAAUGCACGUCGUUCUUGUAACGGAUACGCUGGGAAGCAAUGCGCAAGUAUUUGAGUGUACAUACCAGGGCCGCGAGAUAGUUGUCAACAUUGAUAUGCCAGGACCCAGCAUGCCGCUUUCAGUUGGUACCGUUGCGAUACAAGGGCCUGCCAUUAGCCCCUCCAUCAUGCGUACGCUCGUUGCAACUCCUCUCCAGAGUAUUAUUGGUAUUCAAGGCGGCGGUAGUAUCCUGGCUAAGGCCUUUGUUGACGCCAAAUACAAUGACGGCGGGGACAAUACCACGGCGCAUUUCGGUGACGUUUUGGCGACGGUGCUGUCGCAGUCCGGCCAGGCUAUCAUCUCAGCAGUCAAGCAGUCGGUUGAGAUCCCAAACCUCGACAGUAAUGGCCUUCCGAAGCUCAGCAGGGUUUUUCUUGACGUAAAUCUUGUGGUCAAGCGGGUCGGUGGUGGAAGCUAUGGCUGGAUAGCAGUGUAUGCCGCCAUUCUUAUGGGCAGCUUGUUGGGCCUUGCGAGAACCUUAGUCGGAGGAAACGCUAUUAAUUUCGAUGCCCAGGAUUCUGUCAUGCUGCUUUCACAGGCCAUGAAAGACAGCAACAUCAAACCGAAGGCUAAAGUAAGAUUUUCUCAGGAGGUUGACCAAAUACAAGUAGUAGGGCAAGAGCAGAUUCCGGAGCCGUCUAAAGAGUAA